AUUUUUUAUAUGACUCUCUCAUACUUGUAUUUUCCUGUUACCGGAGUUGAUGAGACGACAUGAAUAACAUCAUCUGCAAACUGUGUCACAAUCGUAUCACUAAACUCUGGUUGAGGAAGGUCAUUCACAUAAAUGUUGAACAGAAGUGGACUGAGACAAGAACCUUGUGGGACACCAGCCGUCGGUAUAAAAGGCUCUGUCGACCUGCCAUGAAAGGUCCCAAUGAUGCCGUAUUUGUGAUGGAGGACCUGUAUAUGUCAAACAUGGUGGCUCGUAAGACGUAUAUAUACGACCGAAACAGUCAAAGGGUUAAUGCAGUAGCCUUCAUAACAGCUGCCAUGAGCCAGGCUCUUCAUUUCACCAGAAGCUCUCCACUAAGUGCUGACAUCCAGUGCCAUGAAGCUUACCAAGUGAUAGAUGUUCUGCAGAUAAGUGUCAGUGAAGACACUAGUUAACUUAAUCACAGUAUGAAGACAGUGUGUGUGAAAGGUGAUAGUAGUGUUUCACACUUCAUCCUGGCUACUACCUGCACUCUCACAACUCUCGAAGAUAUAACUUCACUUUAUUGAAAUAUUGCCAUGCACCAUUAUUGAAAUAUUGCCAUGCACCAUUAUUGCCCACUGAAAUAAGAAGUUAUUCAUCUGAAGAACUUCACAUGUAUUAUCAGUAUUUAGUGCAUUGAAGCUCACUCUGCAAAAAGAAUUGUUAUGUAAUAAAAAAUAAUAUACAAGAUUAUAGUGUUGUGUUUUGUUGGUGUUACAUAUAUUUAUGCUGGUAAUUCCAACAAGACACUUUUGGAGAGCAAUUUUUUAAAUUCUAUACAUAAGAUUAUGUAUACUCAGUGGCAACUUUAUUAGGUAUACCUGUGUGUCUGCUUGUCAGUGAAAAUAUCUAAUCACAGGGCAUCACCUCAUUUCCUAGUAGGAUGCAGACAUGGUAAACAGGUUCACUUGUUGUUCAGAGCAGACAGCAGCAUGGAGGAGCGGUGUGAUCUAAGUAACUUUGACCGUGGAAUGAUUGUUGGUGCCAGACAGAGUGGUUUGAGUGUCACAGAAACUGCUGAUCUCCUGGGAUUUUCAUGCUCAACAGUCUCUAGAGUUUACAGAGAAUGGUGUGAAAAACAAGAAACAUCCAGCGAGCAGCAGAUCUCUGGGCAAAAACGCUCUGUUAAAGAGAGAGCUCAGAAGAAAAUGUAAGUGAAUAAAAACUAUUUUACGGUUCCAUUAUGGUACACCAGAAUUAAAUACAUAUAUUUUAUAGGCUUGUAGAGGAGAUUACUUAUUAACUAUAAGCAGGAUCUUUUUGCAUCAUGUUGUUUAAAUGGAUUCUAGCAUUAAUUUUCUGAAUUUAAGUUGUUUAUAAAUUAUAUUUAAUCUAUAACAAGUUUGUUACAUUUUAAAUUGGUAGUAGCAGUUAAAUAGCUUUAUUGUUCACAUUUCUUAUUCAUCAUCAUCAUCAUAGAGUCAGCAUUUAGAAAGAUAAAGUUUGUUGAUGACAGUGAUUAAUUACCAAGCAUAUUUUCAGACACUCAGGACGUUGGUACCUGUGAGUUAUAUAUUAACACAAAAUGUAUAGAGGAGUACCAUUUCAGUUUUUGUGAAAUAUAGUGUAAACUUUUAUUUCCUUUAUUAAUGUUCAUAUCACAGUAUACUGAUAUAUUCAUAAAAAUUAUUUUUUCCAGUAACUAAUAUAUUCAUGCAACUGAUACAUUCGUGUAACUUGUAUAUUGAUACAGUAUAGUGAAGUUUAUUAAAGCAAUAAUGUUAGUGUAAACACAGUGUAAAAACUUAAUUUCAUUUUCAUUAGCGAUACUUUUCUCUAGAGAAGUCACAUGUGUUAUUUGUGUAUUAAGUCUUUUCUGAAAAUUCCUGUUUAAUACACCAGGUGAGAGUUCAUUAGUGGGUGCAACCACAUCAAUGUUUCUACACCAGGUGAGAGUUCACUAGUGGGUGCAACCAUAUCAAUGUUUCUACACCAGGCGAGUUCAUUAGUGGGUGCAACCAUAUCAAUGUUUCUACACCAGGUGAGUUCACUAGUGGGUGCAACCAUAUCAGUGUUUCUACACCAGGUGAGAGUUCACUAGUGGGUGCAACCAUAUCAAUGUUUCUACACCAGGUGAGUUCACUAGUGGGUGCAACCAUAUCAGUGUUUCUACACCAGGUGAGAGUUCACUAGUGGGUGCAACCAUAUCAAUGUCUCUACAAGACCUUCCUCGGACAGACUCGGAGACAACUUGCUUAAAAACAGAUUCACAAGAGAAAGCAAAUUAUCCUGCAGAAGAGAAACAUCAGUGUUCUCUGUGUUCUAAAGAGUUUUCACGUAAAUCAAAUCUCGUACGGCACUUGAAAACCCAUACAGAAGAGAGACCAUAUCGUUGUGUGGAGUGUCUAAAAGACUUUAAAAGGAAAUUGUAUCUGGAAAAACACAUUAAAGUACACAGGGGAGAGAAACCUCAUCGGUGUUUAGUGUGUUCAAAAGAAUUUUCACGUAAAUCACAUCUAGAUCAGCACAUGAGAGUUCACACAGGUGUGAAACCAUAUCAUUGUUCAGAGUGUCUCAAAGAAUUUGCUCAGCACUCAAACCUGUUGCAGCACAUGAGAAUUCAUACAGGAGAGAAACCACAUCAGUGUUCGGUGUGUUUUAAAGAUUUUGCAAAUAUAUCUGAUCUAAAAAGACACAUUAGAAUUCAUACUGGAGAGAAGCCUUAUCAAUGUCCAGUGUGUUUAAAAGCUUUUUCACAACAUUCCAUUCUAGUACUACACAAGAGGAUUCAUACAGGAGAAAAACCAUAUAAAUGUUCAGUGUGUCCCAAAGACUUUUCAGAUAAAUCAGUUCUAAAAGAGCAUAUUAGAGUUCAUACAGGAGAAAAACCUUAUCAGUGUUCUGAGUGUUGUAAAGAUUUUUCAAGGAAGUCAGGUUUAAACAAACAUAUCAGAGUUCAUGCAAAAGAGAAACCAUAUCAAUGUUCAGUGUGUUCAGCAGGAUUUUCACAUAAAUCAUAUCUGGUUAAACAUAUGGACGUUCAUUUAAAAGAGGAACCACAUCAGUGCUUAAAAGACUUUAGAUUUAACCACUUGUAGUAAAAUCUUUGAGUUUUCAUGUGAUAUAGUAAACAUAUAUGAUAGUACAUUAAGCUAGAGUUCAUUUAUAAUUUAAACCAAGUGAUUAUUUUAUGGACCCAACAACAACAAGUUAAAAGUUCUCAGGGCAGGUACCUUCAUUGCAUUUAUAGGUAACCCUUCAGCACUCGGGGUUUAGCAUUGUUUUGAUUGUGGAUAAUAAUAUAGGUAACCCUAUUUUUGGCACUUGAAAAGAGUAAUCACUUGAGGCGAGUCUUCCUUGCCUGUCCUUGGGGAGGAAGCUUGUGUUGCUUUUGUGACCCAGCAGGCAUUGUCAAUGGGUGUGUCCCUUCUGCUUCAGUCACUAGUGAGAGCCAGGCUAACUGUUCCCACUAAUAUAGUGCUUCCGAAUGGGCUGCCAAUUUCACCCACCAAUGGGGUGCCUCUUGGAGUCACCCAGUGUUUGGUGUCCACUUAGAAAUGUGUUGGGUUAAAGGAUCUGUACACUAUCUUGGGCAAACUGUGCCAUGGGGCUCAUUAAUGUAAUCAGGGCAGCUAUGCCAGUGCCCCCUCCCUUCCUCCCCAAAUAAAAAAGAUAAAUCAAGGAUGUGAAUAAAUCUUAGGACAUAGAAAGUAUACUUCACCAGUCAUAUCAGAGGCCUGUGUUAACCAACAGGUAUUCGUAUCGUUAUGCUUAGCGAUAAAACUAAUGAAAAACUGAACUUGAAUAUUAAACCAAAUGAUGCAAAAUUUUGGGACUUUGGUAAAAUGACAUAUUAAGAAAACUUGUUGGCAAAAUGUUCUCAACUGGUGACAUUAUAUUUUCCCCAACCAAGAGCCGACUGUACAAACACUAUAUAGGCUACUAAAUUGAACAAACACUGUAUAAGCUACUAAAUUGAACAAACACACUUUAUGGGCUACUAAAUUGAACAAACACACUAUAUGGGCUACUAAAUUGAACAAACACACUUUAUGGGCUACUAAAUUGAACAAACACGCUAUAUAGGCUACUAAAUUGAACAAACACACUAUA